AUGAUGCCCAACUCCAAGCGCCAACAAGGCCACGAGCUCCGCUCAAUUUCAGAGAAUACAAAUGCACCAGAAAUCACUCAAGUAGAGGGAGACGCACCUCCGGCUCCUCCAGAACAACUACCCACCCAUACCAUUCUCAAGUUUCUCACCGCCAGCUUCUCGUUCUUUGUCGCCGGUGUCAAUGACGGCAGCGUCGGUGCUCUUAUUCCCUACGUUAUUCGCCAAUACAACAUAAACACAGCCCAAACAUCUGCCUUAUACGCCACCAACUUUGCGGGGUGGUUCAUCUCCGCCAUAAUCAACACCCACCUGACCCAGUUCUUCGAUCUGGGUUCUAUGAUGCUCCUGGGCGCAGCAUUGCAGGUCUUAGCGCACGCACUGAGGAUCUGGAACCCGCCGUUUCCCCUUUUCGUCAUCAGCUUCACCUUUGUCAGUCUUGGCCAAGCCUUGAAUGACACCCACGCAAACUCCUUUGUUGCAGACGCUCGAAGCUCCCACCGUUGGCUUGCCCUUAUCCACGCGUCGUACUCCGCUGGCUGUCUCGUCGGACCAUUCGUGAGUACCGCGGUCGCGGCCGCAGCAAUGCCUUCUGUUUGGUACUAUUUUUACGCCGUGCCUUUGGGACUGUGUGUCGCAAAUACAGCCUUUAUUGCCCUCGCAUUCCGUGACACCGUCAAAUUCAGGCACAAGGGGGAGAUAUCCUCUGAAUCGCGCCACAAGGAUGCCUCCAAAUUGAUGGCACUCACUUUCCGUAGCCCAUCUCUAUGGUAUCUCAGUAUCUUCUUCUUCUUCUAUCUAGGCUCUUCGCUCACCGCAAGCGGGUGGCUGGUGGAGUACCUCAUCGAUGUGCGCAAAGGCGACAUUUCGCAGAUGGGCUUCGUGGCCGCAGGUUACAACGGUGGCACUCUCCUAGGGCGUUUACUAUUAGCAGAACCUAUCCACCGCUUUGGUCCUCGCUAUAUGGUCUUUGCGUUUGGUAUCUUGUGCAUCGGCUUCCAGCUGGUUUUUUGGCUUGUGCCAAAUAUUAUCGCUGCGUCUAUCGCGGUGAGCAUUGUUGGGUUCUUUGCGGGCCCAUUAUUCGCCACUGGUGUUUCUCUUGCGGCGAAACUCUUCGAACCAGAGGUAAAGCCAACGGCACUAGCCUUCGUUUUCGUAAUGGCACAGGUUGGGGGUUCACUAUUCCCAAUGAUCACAGGAGGAGUGGCAUCUUCGGCCGGCGUGGCAGUCCUGCAGCCCAUGUUGAUUGCACUUUGGGUGGCUACAUCUCUGAGUUGGCUCCUGGUGCCCCAGAAGAAGAAACAAAACCUCGCCGCCACUCAUGAGGAAUGA